UCCGGUUCAGCUGCCUCAUUCUCAGAACCAGAACACAAAUCUUAGCACUAUCAAUGGCUAAUGAGAUGUUAAGGCCCUUUGUUUCCCUUCUUGUAUUCCUCAACUUCUGCAUGUAUGCCAUUGUGGCAUCGAUAGGAGGCUGGGCCAUCCACAUAGCCAUCGAUCGAGGAUUCAUCAUAGGUCCAGAGCUAGUACUCCCAGCUCAUUUCGCACCAAUAUUCUUUCCAAUAGGAAAUGCAGCCACUGGGUUCUUUGUAAUGUUUGCAUUGAUAGCUGGGGUCGUGGGCGCUGCUUCUGCUCUUGCUGGCUUAAACCACAUUCGCUUUUGGAAUUAUGACAGCUUGCAGCCUGCUGCAUCAUCUGGCAUCAUUGCAUGGGCACUCACUCUCAUUCCAAUGGGCUUGGCUUGCAAGGAGAUUAAUUUAGGGGGAAGGAAUGCGCGCCUGAGAACAAUGGAGGCUUUCUUGAUUAUUCUCUCAGCUACGCAGCUUGUCUACGUUCUUGCCAUUCGAGCGGCAUCACCUGCGCAUCCAGCAAUGCCAAGGAGAUGAGCUUGGAGGGCUGAAGAGUUUUCGAGGGGGAAAAAAGGAAAAAGAAAGAAAAACUGAACUGGAGAAUGAAGUGCAGUUUCAGUUGUUUGUUUGAUGUUUCUUCUACCAUGUUUAUAUUCCUGGAGUGAGAUUGCGAGAAUCAGGAGGGUUCAUUGAUGCGGUUUUAUUG